AUGAUGUAAUUAGAACUCUAGCUAAUAUCUGUAAUCAUUCUUUUUAUUUUUAACAAUAACAAUAAGAUCUACUUUAAUCAUUAAAAUUUCAUAAAUCUUGACUUUUUUGAAAUUUUUUAUAAAAGUCAUCGUUUUACUCACAUAUAAUGA